GAUGAGGAGGAGGCCGACGACGACCAACAGAACGAAGACAAUGACAACGACUCGGAGACCGCAGAGGCAGAGGAAAGGGAUGUCCGGAAGAUUGGGCGCAGUUUUUUCGACGACGAGGCGGAGCUAUCCGGCGAUGAGGACGACGUGUCCAGCGAUGAGGAGGAGGGCGACGGCGACGACCACUACGACAACGACGGCGCCGAUCAUGAGGACCUGCCGUCGGACGAGGAGCUGAGGAAACAGGUCGAGCGGAUCCACCACAAAAAAAUCUUAGACGAAGACAAGCGACAACUGAUGGUCUUAAAGGAGAUGAUGUUCGCCGACGGAGACCUUCACGACGACGACGCCGUCCGGCAGAAGAAGUUUCGCUGGAAUUUCGGCCAAAACGACGACUUCGUCAACGAUUACGUGAACGAAGACUCCGAAGGAGAUUACGUGGACUCCGACGACGAGAAGGACGCCGUCAAGAGUCCGGCGCUUAAAAUGUCGCUGAAAAUGACGGUCGAGUCGGAGACCGAAACCAAGACUGACCACAACUUAGAGAAAUUAAAGUCG